GAGAACAUUCUAGAARUCUAUGAAAAGCAUUGCAAAUGCGUUGUGAAGACUAUGAAAGCCAUUGCUAUAUAAGACAGUCAUUGACUUAAAGCUUAUAUUUAUUGAAUCAUUGAUUUUAUUAUCAAUUGUGUGAUUCGUUUAACUCAUUUSAAGUCAAUUAAAGRCAUUUAAAUAACUCAUUCAUCAGAAUCUACUUAUAAAUAGACACAAAAUGGCUAAUAAAAUAGCGGCAAUUGGUAUAGAUUUAGGGACGACCUAUUCAUGUGUGGGUGUGUUUCAACACGGAAAGGUAGAAAUCAUUGCCAAUGAUCAGGGAAACAGAACCACACCUUCAUAUGUGGCCUUCACUGACACCGAGAGAUUGAUCGGCGAUGCGGCUAAAAAUCAAGUGGCAAUGAAUCCGUCAAACACUGUGUUUGACGCCAAACGACUAAUUGGUCGCCGAUUUGAUGAUUCGUCAGUUCAGUCAGAUAUGAAGCACUGGCCCUUUGAUGUGAUCCAAGAGGGCGGCAAACCUAAGAUCAGAGUUGAUUACAAAGGCGAAAGUAAAACAUUCUUUCCCGAAGAGAUCUCAUCCAUGGUUUUAGUCAAAAUGAAAGAGAUUGCAGAGGCAUAUUUGGGCGCAACAAUUACUAAUGCUGUCGUCACAGUUCCCGCUUAUUUCAAUGACAGUCAACGUCAGGCCACUAAAGAUGCCGGAACUAUCUCUGGCCUCAAUGUAUUACGUAUUAUCAAUGAGCCGACCGCUGCUGCUAUCGCUUACGGUUUGGAUAAGAAAGGACAGGGAGAACGAAAUGUCCUUAUUUUCGACUUAGGCGGCGGUACUUUCGAUGUCUCAAUACUUACCAUCGAAGACGGCAUUUUUGAAGUCAAAUCGACCGCUGGAGACACUCAUUUGGGUGGCGAAGACUUUGAUAAUCGUAUGGUUAAUCAUUUUGUUCAAGAAUUUAAAAGAAAGCAUAAGAAGGACUUAGCGGUCAAUAAGAGAGCUCUUCGUCGUCUUAGAACUUCAUGCGAACGCGCGAAGAGAACACUUUCGUCAUCAACUCAGGCCUCCAUUGAAAUCGACUCUCUCUUUGAAGGCAUUGACUUCUACUCAACGAUAACAAGAGCCAGAUUUGAAGAGUUGAACGCCGAUCUGUUCCGCGGAACACUUGAUCCGGUAGAGAAAGCUUUACGCGACGCUAAGCUCGACAAGGCUCAGGUCCACGACAUUGUUCUGGUUGGCGGAUCCACUCGUAUUCCUAAAAUUCAAAAAUUACUUCAAGAUUUCUUUAAUGGCAAAGAAUUAAAUAAAAGCAUUAAUCCCGAUGAAGCCGUGGCCUACGGUGCAGCUGUUCAGGCGGCCAUUCUUAACGGUGACAAGAGUGAAGCCGUUCAGGAUCUCUUACUAUUGGAUGUAACGCCUUUGUCAUUGGGUAUUGAAACCGCUGGUGGAGUGAUGACUGCUCUGAUUAAACGUAACACAACGAUCCCCACCCGACAGACUCAAACGUUUACCACUUAUUCAGACAAUCAGCCGGGAGUGUUGAUUCAGGUCUAUGAGGGCGAGCGAGCCAUGACUAAAGACAAUAAUCUUUUGGGCAAAUUUGAGUUGACUGGUAUUCCUCCCGCACCAAGAGGUGUGCCUCAAAUUGAAGUCACAUUUGAUAUCGACGCCAACGGUAUUCUCAAUGUCUCGGCCGCAGACAAGAGCACUGGAAAAGAAAAUAAGAUCACUAUUACCAAUGAUAAGGGAAGACUCUCUAAGGAGGACAUCGAACGUAUGGUCAAAGAGGCCGAAUCAUACAAAGAUGAGGACGACAAACAAAAAGACAGAAUUUCUGCCAAAAAUGCACUCGAAUCGUAUGCUUUCAAUAUUAAGUCAACCAUUGAAGACGAGAAACUCAAAGAUAAGAUCAGUGAAGACGACAAGACUAAGGUAUUGGACAAAGUGAAUGAUAUUAUCAAAUGGCUCGACACUAACCAAUUGGCCGAAAAAGAAGAGUUUGAACACAAACAGAAAGAAUUGGAGGGUAUAUGCAAUCCCAUCAUUACUAAGCUUUACCAGAGCGCUGGUGGAGCUGCCGGUGGAUUUCCUGGAGGUUUCCCCGGAGCACCAGGAGGUGGUGCACCCGGAGCUGGUGCUGGAGCAGGAGCCGCACCGGGAACUGGAUCAGGUAGUGGGCCUACAAUUGAAGAGGUCGACUAAAUUUUACUGUAAAUUAUAUUUACAAAAAAAUAUUAGAAAACUGUUUUAAGUUAU